GGCCAAGUGGGCGCGCCCUCCGGCGGAUCCGGUGUCGGCUGCAGCUGUCAGUGCGGCGGGCGCGGAGCCGGCGGCCGGCGGGGCCGCCUAUUAAUAACGCGCUGCCCGGCCGGGUCGCGCAGCCAUGGCCAGCUCGGAGCCCCGGCGCAGCGGCGACGGCGCCGCCCAGGCCGCGAGGGAAACAAGAGCACAGGCCACUUCUUUUCAAGAGGAGGGACACUCUGAAUGCCUGGAUGAUACUUUUCCUUUGGAGGGGAUCUUGAAUAUAGAGGACAUGCUCUUCCUGGGGGACACAGGUGACUUUGAUGACAUCCUGUAUCUGGAAGAGACUGGGCAGCCUGAGGAGACGCUGUAUAUAGAGGAUAACAGGCAGCCAAAUGAGGCCGUGUGUGUGGAGGAGCCUGUGAAGCCAGAGGACACACUGUGUGUGGAGGAGCCUGUGAAGCCGGAGGACACACUGUGUGUGGAGGAGCCUGUGAAGCCGGAGGGCACACUGUGCGUGGAGGAGCCUGUGAAGCCGGAGGACACACUGUGCGUGGAGGAGCCUGUGAAGCCGGAGGGCACACUGUGUGUGGAGGAGCCUGUGAAGCCGGAGGGCACACUGUGUGUGGAGGAGCCUGUGAAGCCAGAGGACACACUGUGUGUGGAGGAACCUGUGAAGCUGGAGGAGACAAGCCCAGAGCAGAUGGCUCAUGGGGGAGAGACGGUCACAAAAGAAGAGAAGCCUAACCCUGAGAACCUUGGAGCCGGGUCUAGUCCCAGCACAGAGGAGAGCCUGAGCAUAGAGGACCUAGAACUGCUCGAGGGGCGUUUCCAGGAAUGCGUCCAAGCUGUGGCCCAGCUGGAAGAGGAGCGGGAUCAGCUCAUCCAUGAGCUUGUGUUGCUCCGGGAACCAGCUCUCCAGGAGGUGCAACAAGUCCAUCAGGACAUCCUGGAUGCCUACAAACUGCAUGCUCAAGCAGAGCUGGAGAGGGAUGGGCUCAGGGAGGAGAUCCACCUGGUCAAGCAGAAGCUGUUCAAGGUGACCAAGGAGUGUGUGGCCUACCAAUACCAGCUGGAGUGCCGCCAGCAGGAAGUGGCCCAGUUUGCCGAUUUCCGGGAAGUGCUGACCGCACGGGCAGCCCAGCUCUCAGAGGAACUGGCCCAGCUCCGGGAUGCCUAUCAGAAGCAGAAGGAGCAGUUACGGCAGCAAAUAGAAGCACCUCCAAGCCAGAGGGAAGGACACUUCCUGCAGGAGAGCCGGCAGCUCUCUGCCCAGUUUGAGAACCUCGUGGCAGAGAGCCGCCAGGGCCUGGAGGAGGAGUAUGAGCCUCAGCUGGUGCGGCUCCUAGAGAGGAAAGAAGCCGCUGCCAAAGCCCUGCAGAGAACCCAGGCAGAGAUCCAGCAGAUGAAGGAGGCUCUGCGGCCCCUGCAAGCCGAGGCCCAGCAGCUCCGUCUGCUGAACAGGAACCUGGAGAGCCAGAUCACACUUGUGAGGCAAAAACGCGACGAGGAAGUGCAGCAGUACCGGGAACAGCUGGAGAAAAUGGAAGAACAACAGACACAAUUAAGAAAUGGAGUGCAACUCCAGGAACAGAAGAACAAAGAGAUGGAGCAGCUAAGGAUCAGCCUUACUGAAGAGCUUUCAACUUAUAAGGCUAUGCUACCCAAGAGCCCGGAACAGGCUAAUACUCCCACUUCUCAGGCAGGUGGAAUCGAGACACAGUCUCAAGGAGCUGUUUAGAAAUGUAUGGCCAAAUCUGUAACCCAGAAACAACCAAAAAAGCUUCUUAACAAAGGAUCACUAAAUACCCUUUUCCAAACACAGAAGACAGUGCCAGGGACUUGGCAAGCAAUUCACCCUGGGGAAGAUACAAAUACUGGCUGACCUGUUUAAAAAGAUUCUAGGCUGGCUGGAGGCAGAACACACCGGUCAGCUCUUAGCUGGAUUCUAUUUCACAGGCUACUGGUAAUGAUUUCAAUGCACGAAGGAACAGCAAAAAAAAAAAAAAAAAAAAAAAGCCUCUUGUCCCUCCUGUCCACCAGCAGCAAAGGAUGAAUAUAUGCACCCCUGCAGCCUUGUGCAGAACGAAACUUGCCUUGUUGUUGACCUAAACCAAAAACAUUUUUUUUUUGGAGCACAGGUGGGGUCAAAAGGCAGCCAAUUUUCAUUAUAUGGGUUUAUAAUUUGAAUUCUUUUGUGCCAUGAGUGUUGGACUUUUAAUGAAUCCUUUUACAAAGUUUACUUUUUAUGCUGACACAUAGUUUACUCUUGUGUCAAGAUAAUUUUCACUAUACUCUAAAAGAACUUAGUUCCAGAAAAAAAGGAACUAAAUUUGAAUCUAAAGGUUAAGGAUAUUCAGGUUUCCCUAAAGAUCAUGCCUCAUGAAAAUGAUUUUUGGUGAGUAAUCUACUCAGUUAAACUGAGUGAUUGCAAAGAACCAGGCAUUUUAUCUGGUUAUGGUACGUGGCUUUCAGCCUUUAUUUCUCACUUCUAAGAACAGGUCCCAGUGAAAAACAUACUGGGGAGAUUCAACCUCUAUAUGAGAAAAGGUUCAAACACCUUUUCCAAAUUUAAAUUUUGCCUUAAAAUCUUUCUGCCACACUGCCUUUGACAUGCUUGAAAGUCCAUGUAGUUCUCUAUGAAUAGACUUAAAAAAGAUGUUAUUUUAUCGAAGACUAAUCUGUACACCUAUGAUUCAAUGUUUUAUGUCUUUCACUUUCCCUGUGAAGGAGUAAAACUGUUUUCUAUAGCUCUGGGUCUAUUAUAAUUAAUUCUGCUCUUGGUAGUCAAAGACCACAGAAAAUAACUGUCAUCUGAAGAAUUCUUCUAGAAGCCAGAGACUGGUGUUUGAUAGAUAUUAUAUUAUAUACUAAAUAAAGCCCAUCAGCAUUGGGUUAUGUAGAAAAGCAAUUUAUUUCAUUAUAAGCACUUACACAGUUAGUCAUAGAGAGUAACAGGCCUGUUAGUGAAACAGGUCACCCAAAACAGAGAUGGUAUCAAACUAGUGGUCAAGGACUAACUCCUAAAAAAAAAAAGCAACUCUUAUCCAGGAUUAAUUUAAUUUUAAAAACAAAUACAAGCUAUAGAUUCACUCUUCUCAACUUAA